AUGGAACCCUCAGGCAAGCGACCGCUUUUCGUGCAACUCGUCACGGGGCCGCCAGGCAGCGGGAAGACCACCUUUUGUGCCGCAGUUUCUCGCGUUCUGCUUGGCAUCGGGCGGGCGCACGCGCUCGUCAAUCUCGAUCCCGGUGUCGGCAGUACGGAAGUGCUACCCUAUCAACCAGAUAUAGACAUUCGCGAGCUGGUGGUCUGCGAGAACGUGAUGAAACGCUUCCAGCUCGGCCCGAACGGAGCACUCCUCUACUGCAUGGAUUAUCUCUGGGAAAACAUUGAUUGGCUGGAAGGUGCACUGCGAGACAUAUAUGAUGGCCAGGGCAGCGAUCACGGGUCGGACACCGCCCGCAGCACCACUCCAGAGAUGGACGCGCAGCCUCGUCGCGAGAAAGACGCCAGCGCAAACUAUGUUAUCGUUGAUAUGCCGGGCCAGGUCGAACUGUUUGUGCAUCACAAUGCAACGCGAAAGGUUAUUCAUUACCUAACGAUGCACGAUCCAAAGCGGCGCUGGUCUGAUCUGCGAGCUGUGGUGGUGAAUAUCGUUGAUGCUCAAACCUGCACGGAUCCUCAUAAAUUCAUGUCGGCAUCCGUAAUCUCCCUGAUGACAAUGAUGAAUUUCGGUCUACCGCAUGUGAACGUGCUCAUGAAAUCGGAUUUAUUUCAGGCGGAGUACGAACGAAGAUUGGUUGAACUGGAGAGCGAAACGGAGAUGUGCGCCCGUGACGGGACCUUGCGCGACGACGCUGCCAGUGGUCCAGAAGGCGAUAAUCUCGUACCGUCCCAACUUUUGUACCAGUUGGACAUCUACGCAGACAGCGAGGACCCGUUGAUGUUCAUUGCAGAGGGCGAUGACCCAGGUACCAAACUGAGUCGAGCGAUCGCAGAGCUUCUCGGCGACUACGGUCUAGUUCGCUUCGAGACUGCCAGUGCACGUGACCCGUACUCGAUUUUACAAGUUUUGGAGCACAUCGAUCGUGCGAGCGGAUAUUGCUACAUUGAACAGGAUAUGCAGAAUCUGCUUGAAAUGAGACAGGCAGUACAGCAAGCGAAAGCACCACCAAAGCGGCCCCAUUCGGCAGGUUCAUCUGCAUCGCCUGCUGACUAG